GCAUUUUUCAGAGAUUUAAAUCACUGUUUUAUCCAGUCUGUAUUAAACCGUAUAUGUUGUCAGGGGUCGCUAGCUUUAAGGACUCGGUUGGGAUGGAUGUCAACGCUGGGUUUGGGGCAUUUUAUGUCAUUUUCUUGCAUUGUAUCCGGAUCCAACUGCUCAUAAACUGGAGGCGUCCAAACAGACAGAUGUGGCGCUGGAUGUGUUUUACUGACGUUAAUAGUCCAACGGCGCCUACUGUCUGCACUUUAGUCCAGAUUUUAAGCUUAAACGCUGAACAGUACGAGAUUUGGCUUCCCGGGACAAGUGUGGUAUUGAUAACACUAGCUGCUACUACUGAAUACCAGCAUCCACGUCCUAAGUUUCCAAAGUCCUCACUGGGUUUUGUAAUAAGUCUGGUGUCCUCUCAGUGUAAUGCCCGCAUUGGCUUGGCAUCAGGAAGGGAUGCGUUUCUUCUGCUGGAGGACAUGGAUUCGGUUCCUGCGUUCAUCCAGAGAAAGACCACUCUCACAUACGACACACUUCGCUUUGGGGAGUUUGAGGAUUUCCCAGAGACGCCGGAGCCUGUCUGGAUCCUGGGGAAACAGUUCAAUGCACUAAAGGAGAAGGAUGAGAUUUUAUCUGACAUUACCUCACGGAUGUGGUUCACCUACAGAAAGAACUUCCAGCCAAUUGGAGGGACAGGACCCACGUCUGACACUGGCUGGGGUUGUAUGCUGCGAUGUGGGCAGAUGAUCCUUGCAGAGGCCUUGAUCCGUAGACACUUAGGCCGAGACUGGAGAUGGGUAAGAGGUCAGCGCCAGAGAGAGGAGUACAUCAGCAUCCUCAAUGCCUUCAUAGACAAGAAGGAUAGCUACUAUUCCAUCCACCAGAUAGCUCAGAUGGGGGUGGGAGAAGGCAAGUCCAUAGGCCAGUGGUAUGGCCCUAAUACAGUGGCACAGGUACUCAAGAAACUGGCAGUGUUUGAUAAAUGGAGCCGACUGGCAGUUCACGUGGCAAUGGACAAUACUGUGGUCAUCGAGGAAAUCAAGAGGUUGUGUAUGCCAUGGUUGGACUUCGAGAGGGGUGCAUGUGCAGAGCCAGAGGGACCCCUGGAGAUAAAUGGUUGUCUGGAGGGGGCUUGUGCACUGGCCGAGGAGGCUCUCUGGAAACCACUAGUUCUGCUAAUCCCCCUGCGACUAGGCCUCAGCGACAUCAACGAGGCCUACAUAGAAACUCUAAAGCAAUGCUUUAUGAUGCCUCAGUCUUUAGGAGUAAUCGGUGGGAAGCCUAACAGCGCACACUACUUUAUAGGCUUUGUUGGUGAGGAGCUGAUCUACCUGGACCCUCACACGACUCAGCCGGCUGUAGAGUUGUGCGAAAGUGGCCAGAUUCAGGACGACUCUUAUCAUUGCCAGCACCCACCCUGCCGCAUGCACAUUUGUGAGCUCGACCCAUCCAUAGCUGCUGGUUUCUUCUGCCAAACAGAGGACGACUUUGAUGACUGGUGUGCACAUAUUCGAAAAUUAUCAACCUGUAGAGGUGGUCUUCCCAUGUUUGAGCUAGUAGACAGUCAGCCAUCCCAUCUAAUCAACACUGAAGUCCUUAAUCUCACACCAGAUUUCUCAGACUCGGACCGACUCGAGCGGUUUUUUGACUCUGAAGACGAAGAAUUUGAGAUCCUGUCUUUGUGAAGACGAGGAGUGAUUGUUCAACUGACAGCUCAGUGCUAGACUCCCCUCAGUGGAGGUAAAGGGGUCCGAGAGGAGUAGUACCACUGACACAAGGCCUGCCUGGCAUUUGGUGGCAUAGUCACCUGCGUCAAACACAGCUUUCCGCUCUACAGCUAUACUGACUACUCUCUGCGUCAUCCUGAGUAAACCCUGAGGUCAGAGGUUAUCGUCACAGACUUUCAGGAUUACCUCAGUAUGUCCAUAUUCACAUUAAUGUGUAUCCAUUUUGAGUCUUAACACUUUUGUUAUUUUCAAGUGAUAUGGUGCCUUUUACCCUCCAACCCUAAUGCAGAUUUGCCAUAACUCACUUUUGGUGGUCGUCUGGAGCAUGGCUGAUCAAUUUUGAUUUAGAGUGCGCUCUUGACCAAUACUGCUAAUAUUUGACGUCUGUAGCAACUUGUGAACUGAAGUCAAGAUGGAAGGGUUACAGACCAAGUAGGUUAGCUUGUGUAUUACAGUAUGUUUAUUCUCCAUGUUUAAAAUAUCUGUACACAGGUUUAUUUUAAGAUUAUUUAUUUACUCAACUGUACAUUUUAAAAUAAAAACAAAGGAAUACAAAAA